UCUGCCUCUGCAUUGCCAUUUCAAAAACCUUCUUCCUUCAAGCCGAAGGUUUGGUGGGAUUUGUAAGUAAAAUCAAGAAAUCGAAGCUGAAAAGAAUCCCAGUGGGCUGUUCCUCCUCCUCCUCCUCCUCCACCUCCCCGACAGGUCUUCCACUUCCCACUUCGCCUCAAAUCCACCCGAUAAUGCAUCCGAAGAAGGAUAGCAGUAGCUCAUUUUGACAUUUCUAGGGCUCUUUCUGCUCUGGGUACCCUUUUCUCUGAGGAGGAGGAGGAGGAGGAGGAGGAGGAGGAGGAGGGAGAGAGAAUGAAGGAGUUGAUUGGGGGGCCCGGGACCUUGAGCGGGCUGCUGCUGAGGAUAGGGCAAUCUGCCUUUGCUGCUGCUUCUAUCGGCGUCAUGGUUGCCGCGAUAGGGUUCUCUGGCUAUACUGCUUUCUGCUAUCUGAUAGCAUCAAUGGGCCUUCAAGUGUUGUGGAGCUUUGGACUGGCAUGCCUGGAUGUCUAUGCUUUGAGAAGAAAGAGAGAUCUUCAGAACCCAAUCCUAGUGAGCCUUUUUGUUGUUGGUGAUUGGGUCACAGCUACAUUAUCACUUGCUGCUGCCUGUUCAUCAGCAGGAGUUGUUGUUCUGUAUGCCCGAGACAUGGACUUUUGCAGGGGACAGAUGUUUUCCUCGUGCAGAGGUUUCCAAAUUUCCGUAGCAUUGGCCUUCAUUACGUGGGUCCUUAUCGCCAUAUCAUCCCAUGUUAUGUUCUGGAUCCUUGCUUCGGUAUAGUCGACUUCGAGCAACCUUAGACUCUGACGCCUCCAUGUAGACAUACCAAAAUGUCCCAUGUUCAAACAUGUAAAUUCCUGUUCAUCUGAUGUCGUUGCCUGUGGUUCAAUCAACUGAUCUGUUAAAUGCCUUUAGUUUGUGGGCAAUUUCCAGAGUUUCUUCGCGCACAUGAAGUGUGUGCUGCCAACCUAAUGUUGUCUUCCCUCCCCCCAACCCCCCCGCCCCAUCUUCCCCUUCCGAUUGAUUUCGAUUUGUUGAGGCGAAGGAGAUAAGUUGCCUUGUCGCAUCCUGAUUUUUGGCCUGCUCUCGUUGUAAAUACACAGAUGGCUUGAAUUUGCUUUGUUCAAUUCACGGAAUAUGAUUAUGGACACAUUGACAUGUAUUUAUUUAAUUUGCGCUUG